UCAAAAGAAUUAUGAAGGAAAAGGAUGGCAGAGAUCCAAUAGCUGGCAACGAGUUAAAAUUUCUGCAGCAGUUACGCCAUCCCAAUAUUGUUAAAUUGGUCCACUUCACAAGCGAUGUCGACUUCACUUACCUUGCUUUGGAAUUGUGCGACGCAUCAUUGGAUCAGGUGUUCCUAAAAAAGGACGAUCUUCGGAAAUACAAAGGACCUGCAUUACCGAAUGAUUUCGAGGUUUUCUCCCAAUUAGCCACUGGUCUCAGAUACAUUCAUUCACAGCGUGUAAUUCAUCGGGACAUUAAUCCGACAAACAUUCUCAUUUCUGUGAAACAUACUGACCAAGGUGAAGAAGCAACUAUCAAGUGGGCUGAUUUUGUAUUUGCACGAGAAGUGAGUGAAAGGGGAACAUUCACAAUGAGUGGAGUCAAAGGGACUCUACCUUGGUUCUCUCCCGAAGAGAUGGAAAUUAUGGGCAGAGACCUAAGCAUUGAAAAAACUAAAGGCUCUAUCAAAAGCCACGUAUUCAAAGAAGGCCUCGUCUUUGGUUAUAUUCUCUUAAAAGGAAGACAUAUCUACGGGGAGAAUGAGUUGGAAAUUAGGAACAACAUUAUGAAAAACGAAUCAGUCAAUAUGAGUAGUAAGUUACCUAUUGAGGCAGAUCAUAUAACAUAA